AUGGCAAGAAAUGUGGUCCUGAAGCAAAAUUUUGAAACCAUAUUAUUCUCAAAUUCAUCACCCUUUGCCAAGUUAUUGGAUUGGUGCAUCCAAUCAAACUCAGUUCGUCAUGGCCGUUGCGUUCAUGCCCAGGUUCUCAAAUCCCAGUUCUCAUCUGAAGUUUUUAUUCAGAAUAGGCUGGUUGAUAUGUAUGGAAAAUGUGGGUUUGUAGUUGAUGCACGUAAACUGUUCGAUAAAAUGCUUCACAGAAACAUUUUCAGUUACAAUUCAGUAUUAAGUGCAUUAACGAGAUGGGGGUUUCUUGAUGAAGCUUCUGAGGUAUUUUUGGCUAUCCCUGAGCGUGAUCAGUGCUCCUGGAAUUCGAUGGUUUCUGGGUUUGCUCAGCAUGAUCGGUUCAAAGAGGCGGUAGAGUAUUUCUUGGGGAUGAAUAGAGAUGGUUUUGUUCUGAAUCAAUACUCAUUCGGUAGUGUUCUUAGUGCUUGUGCUGGGUUAGUGGAUUUGGAGAUUGGAAUUCAAGUCCAUGGCUUGAUGUUGAAGUCGUCGUGUUUGAUGGAUGUGUAUAUGGGGUCUGCUCUUGUUGAUAUGUAUGCAAAAUGUGGUGAAGUUGAAUGUGCUCGGAAGGUAUUUGAUGGGAUGAUUAAAAGGAACCGAGUGACAUGGAAUAGUCUGAUUACAUGUUAUGAACAAAAUGGUCCUGUGAGUGAAGCUGUUGAGGUGUUUGCAAACAUGAUGGAUCAUGGGGUAGAUCCAGAUGAAGUCACACUGGCUAGUGUGGUUAGUGCUUGUGCAACAUUAACAUUGAUUGGAAAAGGUCGGCAAAUUCAUGCUUUGGUUGUGAAAAAUGACAAGUACAGGAAUGACCUAAUUUUAAGUAAUGCAUUAGUUGAUAUGUAUGCAAAAUGUGGUAAAAUUAAUGAAGCUGGAUUCAUCUUUGAGCAUAUGCCAUCAAGAAAUGUGAUUUCUGAAACAACUAUGGUGAGCGGUUAUGCAAAAGCAGCAAGUGUACAGACUGCCAACUUGUUGUUUAUAAAGAUGACGGACAAGAACAUAGUAUCCUGGAAUGCACUUAUGGCAGGAUACGCACAAAAUGGAGAAAAUGAAAAGGCUCUCAGCUUGUUUCGGCAAUUAAAGGGAGAGUCUGUUUUGCCCACUCACUAUACAUUUGGGAAUCUUCUUAAUGCUUGUGGAAAUCUUGCUGAUUUGAAUCUUGGCAUGCAGGCUCACGCACAUUUGUUGAAACAUGGAAUUUGCUUUCGUUUAAGACCAGAAUGUGACAUUUUUGUGGGGAAUGCUUUAAUAGACUUGUACAUGAAAUGCGGCUCAGUUGAAGAUGCAGUGCAGGUCUUCCAGUACAUGGUUGAAAGAGAUCAUGUUUCAUGGAAUGCAAUAAUUGUAGGCUAUGCUCAAAAGGGAUAUGAGAUUGAAGCUCUCGAGAUGUUCAAGAGCAUGAUUUUAUCUGGUGAGAAACCUGAUCAGAUAACAAUGAUUGGAGUUCUGUGUGCUUGUAAUCAUGCCGGUCUGCUGGAAGAAGGUCGCCACUAUUUCUACUCAAUGUUUAAGUUGCAUGGUUUGGAACCAUGGAAGGACCAUUUCACAUGUAUGGUUGAUUUGCUUGGUCGAGCUGGUUGCUUUGAUGAAGCAAAAGAUUUGAUUGAGAAUAUGCCAAUUCAGCCUGAUAAUGUUAUAUGGGCUUCUCUGCUUUCUGCUUGCAAGGCUCACCAAAAUGUUGAUUUGGGGAAAUAUGUGGCAGAGAGACUUAUGGAAAUUGAUCCUACUAAUUCUGGUCCUUAUGUUCUUCUCUCAAACAUGUAUGCAGAGCUUGGGAUGUGGACAGAUGUUACUAGGGUUCGAAAGCGUAUGAUUCAGGAGGGAGUUGUGAAGCAGCCUGGGUGUAGCUGGAUCGAGAUACAAAGCCAUGUACAUGUGUUUAUGGUUAAAGACAAAACCCACCCACUUAAAGAAGAAAUUUACACAACUUUGAGAAACCUUACCAAGCAAAUCAAACUAGCUGGAUGUGUCGUGACCCUUAGUGAUUCAGAGAUAGAUGAGGAUGAGAUUGAUUGUAAAGCAGUUUCAUGUCAUUCAUGGGAUAUAUAAAAUUCUUCCUGGCUUGAGGUGACCCUCUUGUAAUUUUUCUCUCAUUUCUACUAGGAAAUGAUAUUUUUUUUUGUGUAGACCAGAUUAGAUCAUCUUAUUUGAGGGAAAAGAACAUAGCCUUUCUUUUCUGUCAUAUUAUUUGGGCAACUUUAUGCCAGACGAGUUUCAAAUAAGACCUUUAUCUCCCUGUG